AUGGCUUCCGCCAAGACCGCUCGCUCCAGAGCCACCCCCGUCAAGGAGACUGGCGCCAAGUUUGAGGAAGGCAUCAAUUUCUUCAGGUCUGAUAAAUUUGAUGCCGAUUCCUACUUUCAGACUAGAUGUUCUCUUAACGAGAAGGAAAUUAAGCAAUUAUGCACUUAUCUUUGGGAUUUGAAGAAAGCUUCCGCUGAGGAAAUGCGUAAAAGUGUCUAUGCAAAUUAUGCUGCCUUUAUACGCACAUCAAAGGAGAUAUCAGACUUAGAGGUGGAGCUCUCGUCCAUUAGAAACCUUCUGUCUACUCAGGCUGCUUUAAUUCAUGGUUUAGCUGAAGGGGUUCACAUUGAUUCAGUAUCUUCCUCUAUUUCUGAAAGCACAACUCCAAAUGGCUUUUUAGGUUCAGCGGAUGACCAUUCUUCAGAUAUUGAGAAGUGGUUAGUGGAGUACCCUGAUACUUUGGAUGUUCUCUUAGCUGAACGAAGAGUUGAUGAAGCUUUGGCAGCCCUUGAUGAGGGAGAGAGGAUAGCUUCUGAAGCGAAAGAAAAGAAAAUCUUAAGUCCAGCUGCAAUUAUAUCUCUGCAAGCAUCAACUGCUGAACGGAGGCAAAGGUUAGCGGAUCAGCUUGCUGAGGCUGCAUGUCAGCCUUCUACCCGUGGUGUUGAACUCCGUGCAGCCGUAUCGGCACUCAAAAAAUUAGGAGAUGGACAGCGUGCUCACACUUUGUUACUUAAAGCACAUUUCCAAAGAUAUCAGUACAAUAUGCAAAGCCUUCGGCCAUCCAGCACUUCAUAUGGAGGAGCCUAUACUGCUGCCCUCUCCCAGCUGGUUUUCUCAGCCAUUGCUCAAGCUUCUAGUGAUUCCUUGGCUAUUUUUGGUAAAGAACUUGCUUAUUCUUCUGAGCUUGUCAUGUGGGCUACAAAACAAACAGAGGCUUUUGCACUUCUUGUAAAAAGGCACGCUUUAGCUUCAUCUGCAGCUGCUGGAGGUCUCAGAGCUGCUGCGGAGUGUGUUCAAAUUGCUUUAGGUCAUUGUUCAUUAUUGGAAGGUCGUGGUUUGGCACUUUGUCCUGUGCUUUUAAAACUUUUCAGGCCCAGUGUUGAACAAGCUCUAGAAGCUAAUUUAAAAAGAAUCGAAGAAAGUACGGCUGCCUUGGCUGCUGCUGAUGAUUGGGUACUAACUUAUGCUCCAGCAACCACACGCCAAUCUGGCCGAAUUUCUAGCACUGUUCUUAGUAAUGCUGCAUUCCAACAUAAAUUGACUAGCAGUGCUCACCGGUUCAAUUUUAUGGUCCAGGACUUUUUUGAGGACGUGGGACCUUUACUUAGUAUGCAGUUAGGGAGUCAAACUCUGGAGGGAUUAUUCCAAGUAUUUGACUCUUAUAUCAAUAUGUUAAUCAAAGCAUUGCCCGGUGUGGAAGAGGAAGCAAAUUUUGAUGGUGCUGGAAGUAAGAUAGUGCGCUUGGCUGAAACGGAAGCUCAGCAAAUUGCACUCUUGGCAAAUGCAUCAUUGUUAGCCGAUGAACUACUCCCUCGUGCUGCCAUGAAACUGUCCCCACCAACUCAAACUGCGUAUAAGGAUGAUCCUCGUCGAAGACUUUCAGACAAGCAGAACCGUCAUCCAGAACAAAGGGAGUGGAAGAGGCGGCUAGUUAGCUCUGUUGAUAGAUUGAAAGAUACUUUUUGUAGACAGCAUGCCCUUGAUCUAAUUUUUACAGAGGAAGGAGACAGCCAUCUCACUGCUGAGAUGUACCUAAACAUGAGUGGAAAUAUGGAUGAAGUUGAAUGGUUCCCAUCUCUUAUAUUCCAGGAACUGUUUGUGAAACUGAGCAGAAUAGCUAGUAUGGCAGCAGAUAUGUUUGUUGGCAGGGAAAGAUUUGCCACAUUACUAUUGAUGAGGCUCACAGAAACUGUCAUCUUGUGGCUUUCGGGGGACCAAAGUUUUUGGGAUGAUAUUGAGGAAGGCCCAAGGCCUCUAGGACCUCUUGGUCUUCAACAGUUCUACUUGGAUAUGAAAUUCGUCAUGUGUUUUGCUGCCCAAGGUCGAUACUUAUCCCGGAAUCUGCAUAGAGUUGUUAAUGAGAUCAUAUCAAAAGCGAUGGCUGCAUUUGCUGCAACAGGAAUGGAUCCAGAUAGUGUUCUACCGGAGGAUGAGUGGUUUAAUGAUGUUUGUCAAGAUGCAAUAGAAAGAUUGAGUGGAAGGCCAAAGGCCAUAAAUGGGGACAGAGAUCCUAACAGUCCAACAGCCUCAGUUUCAGCACAUUCAAUUUCUUCUGUUAGAUCUCAUGGGAGUUCUUAAGAGAGAAUUUCUUCCUUGUAAAUUAGACAAUCCAAGUUCUUCAACUGGAUUUGGAUUUGUGAGCGUUGCAUCCCUGGUCGACCCUUAGAUCUGUCAAUUACAACAUCCAUAUUCUUUGAAUUUUAUUUUCUAUCCUGUUUCAGUUUUAGAGGCCUCCCUACAUUUGUAUUAUUAGAUAUAUUUGCACAGCGAUGGCUUGGCGUUAAGAUUUUGACAAGCGUCUAGUUUGUAAAUGAUGUUCAAACGAAUUAUUCUCAUAUUACAUUUGUCCAUUCUUUAACAGAAGCAGUAUUCUUGCCUGUGAUUUUGUUUCA